CCGCCGCCCUAACCAACCAACCAACCAUUAACCCCACCCGCCCUUGUUGUCUGCAUAAAUAAAUGACAGAGCAAGAAGGAGAGCUGGGCUCCUCCAUUGACUCCUGCCUUUGUGCUUCCCUUCCUCCUCUCUUUAAUUCCUUCACCUGCCCCUCCACUCCCUCUUCUCUAUAUCUACACAUUUCCUUCCUUUCGCCAUAGCAGAUCAGAUCACCCUUCAUUCCCCCAACCAAACUCAGCUGCCGCUAUGCCGAAUCCAACCUUGCUUCUUCUUCUUCUUCUUCUCCUCCUUCCUUGCGCUCUUUCCACGGCCCAUUCCCCUGCCGCCACGUACUCCAGAUCACCGAGCCGCCAGUUCUACCAGACGGAAUGCCUGAAAGUCCCCAUCUCCCAGUUCCUCGGCACCCUCCAGUCCACCCUCGACAUCAUCAAGGACGUCACCUCCAUCAUCUCCAACUUCGGCGGCUUCCUCGGCGGCCACCGCCUCUCCAAUGCCAUCUCCGACUGCCUCGACCUCCUCGAUUUCACGGCCGACGCCCUCUCCUGGUCCAUCUCCGCUUCCCAGAACCCCAAAGGCAACCCUACCCGAACUAAACAUCAUCAUCAUCAUUUAAUUACCUUUUCCCAUUCAUAGCUAGAUUGCUUCAAUUAUUGAUCCGCUACAUAAAAACAAGAAUCUCUUCAGUUGGAUGAAUGCUGCUACUAUUACCACUUAAAUCCCCACCUCCAUUAUUGUGAUCUACUCUUUCCUAGACAGACCCCAUGCUACAGGAUAACAGAUUUCGAAACAGAGUGUCCUAGAAAAAGGAGGGGGAAAAAAAGACUCUGCUUUUUAACUAUUUAUCCUCUGCUUUCGCACAUGCUCUGUUCUGUUCUGCUCUCACAGAUCUCUGUUUUCUUCUUUUUCUUCCUUACAACAGGUAAAAACAACAGCACGGGGGACCUGAGCUACGACCUAAAGACGUGGCUGAGCGCGGCAAUGGUCAAUCCCGACACCUGCAUCGAAGGAUUCGAAGGAACAAACACCCUUCUCAAAUCCCUCGUGGCAGGGGGGAUUUCCCAGAUCACUUCCUCGAUUCAGGAGCUCUUGCCCAACAUCGACGGCGGCAAGACACCCUCCUCCGGCGACGGCGGAUUCCCGGCGUGGGUUCAGCACGAGGACCGGAAGCUGCUGGCGGCGAUCAACGGCGUGACGCCGGACGUGGUGGUGGCGAAGGACGGGAGCGGGAAUUUCACGGCCAUCAUGGAUGCGGUGGCGGCCGCACCGGAGUAUAGCAUGAAGCGAUUCGUCAUCUACGUGAAAGGUGGGGUUUACAAUGAGUAUGUGGAGAUCAAGAAGAAGAGGUGGAACAUCAUGAUGGUGGGGGAUGGUAUCAACCGCACGAUCAUCACCGGCAACCGGAAUUUCAUCGACGGCUGGACCACUUUCCGUUCCGCUACUUUCGCCGUAAGCGGGCGGGGGUUCAUCGCACGAGACAUGACGUUCGAAAACAGCGCGGGCCCCGCAAAGCACCAAGCCGUCGCCUUCCGGUCCGACUCGGACCUGUCGGUCUACUACCGGGUCGAGGUCCGCGGCUACCAGGACUCGCUCUACACCCACACCAUGCGCCAGUUCUACCGCGACUGCGUCAUCCGCGGCACCGUCGACUUCAUCUUCGGCAACGCCGCCGCCGUCUUCCAGAACUGCUCCAUCCUCGCCCGGAAAGGGCUCGACAACCAGAAGAACACCAUCACCGCGCACGGGAAAAAAGAUCCCAACCAGGCAACGGGCUACUCCAUCCAGUUCUGCAGCAUCGGCGCCGACGCCGACCUGCUGCCGUUCGCCAAUUCCAGCUACACGUACCUGGGCCGGCCGUGGAAGAAUUUCUCCACCACGGUGGUGAUGCAGUCGUAUAUAAGCGCCGCGGUGCGGCCCGAAGGGUGGCUGGAGUGGAACGGGCCCAUGUAUCUGGACACGCUGUACUACGGGGAGUAUAUGAAUUAUGGGCCUGGGGCGGCGGUGGGCCGGAGGGUGAGGUGGCCCGGGUUUCACCUGUUGAAUACCUCGUCCGAGGCUAGUAAUUUCACGGUGGCCCAGUUUAUUGAGGGGAAUUUGUGGCUGCCGUCGACGGGAGUGAGAUACAGCGCCGGGUUUCAACAGGUGUGAACACGAUUAAUUGUUCGACAAAUGGGUGGUGGAGCUGUUUGGAUUGAAUUUAUCUUUAUUUUUAUUAGUUUGGGUGGACUGUAUUUAUUUGUUGGCCGGUGGACUACGUCGUAUGGAGGAAAAUAUAUAUAUUGCAAAGCAUGCAUAUAUAGCUCUUUUUUUUUACAGCAAAAAGGGGGAAAGCUUCACUGCUUCAGCAUAAGCUUUUUACGUUUAUCCUCUUUUUGUCUUUCUUUCAUGGGGAUGGAGACAUUUCAUAUUAUUACGGCCAUGUGAUAUUUUGGGAUGAAAGUAAUUUCAGGGUUUUCUUUACCACAGUAAAAUAUUUGUUAAAUCGAAUUAUCAGUUAUGGAAGGAUUCCAACUUCCUUUAACUAAAAGUACUCGUGGUGAGAACUUUUGCUUCAAUUUUUUUGGUGCCACAACUAAGAAGAACCAGCAGGAAAGAGUGAAUCAGAUUUUCAGUCGCUGGAUCUACUAAUCAGAGCAAAA